AUGGGCUACAUCGACACACCCACAGGCAAGAUACUGCGGGACGAAGUGCUUGAAGAGAUUUUUAAACAAUGGUGCGCCAGGGCAGAUUUUAGCCGAUGGAGUUAUUAUUAUCCCGAUUACAUUGCCUGUCAAAGAUUGACAGACAACAUUGACAACACUGGAGACCAUGUUGGCUUCAUCGCAGGUACAGGGUCUGAUGGUUGGACCUGGACCAUCAUUCACCAGCCUCAUCCUUAUUGA